AUGAAAAACCCUAAUUCUACUCUCCUUAGAAGUGAAUGGAGUCCUAUUGCAAUACCCCAUAGAACUAUCCUUGAACCCCAAGGUCAAGAUCUUGAUUACAUCAACAUAGCUCACAAUCAUCUUCUUCACUCUGAUUGGGCUAAGCUAGAUAAAUUAUUAACCAAAUCUAAUUCAUUACGAGUGAAGCACAUUCUGUUAAAGCUUCAAAACGACUACGUCAUUUACCUAAAAUUCUUCAAAUGGAUUGAGCUUCACAACCCUAGUUUACUCACCGUCGAAACAAAUUCCAUCAUCCUUGACAUCCUCACCAAGAAUCGUAAAUUUUGUGUCAGUUGA